AUGUCAGUAAAUGGUACGAUUCAGCACAAGGAUUUCAUUCUGAUUGGUUUUCCAGGAUUUGAAGACUGGCAAAUAUGGCUGUCCUUUCCAUUUUGUGUCAUGUACAUUGUGUCAGUUUUGGGCAACUUGGCAAUAAUUAUAAUUAUUAGACUAGAAAAAAGUCUUCAUGAGCCCAUGUAUACAUUUAUGUGCCUACUGGGAGGAGUAGAUAUAAUUGUCUCAACAUGUAUUAUUCCUAAAAUGCUAGCAAUGCUUUGGUUCAAAGCAAAUGUUAUAGCAGUUGAAAUGUGUGCACUGCAACUUUUUAUUUUGUAUUGCUUUUUGGUCAUGGAAACAUCAAUUUUUGUAAUAAUGUCUUAUGACCGUUAUAUUGCAAUAUGUAAUCCAUUAAGAUACACUUCAAUUAUGACAAAGAAAUUCAUAGCAAAGAUGGGGUUACUAAUAGUAAUAAAAUGUGUUUCAAUAACACUUCCUCUUCCUAUCCUUACCACACGUUUGUCUUACUGCAGUUCAAAUGUGAUUGCUCAUUGCUACUGUGAAACAAUUGCAUUAAUGCAAAUUUCAUGUUCAGACCUAACAGUAGUAGAUGCAUAUAUAUCAUUUAUAGGUUAUGCAGUUGUUGGCCUUGAUGGCACAUUAGUUACUUUGUCAUACUAUUUCAUUCUAAGAACUGUGCUACAAAUGAAGUCCAAGGUAACAUAUCAGAAGGCCAUUAGUACUUGCACCUCACAUAUAAUUGUAAUUUCAUUUUACUACACAGCUGGACUUCUGACUCUUCUAGUUUAUAAAUUUGGGAAUGACCUAGCUCCACAUAUACGAGUUUUUUUAUCUGUUUUAUACCCAAUUAUUCCAACUGUUUUGAACCCAAUAAUUUAUGGAGCUAGAACUAAAGAUAUCAGACAAUUUGUAUUUAAACAUUUGAAAAAUAUCAACUGUUCCUUGUAA